AUGUCUAUCGUUGCACCCCAUUCACAGAGACUUUCAUCUUCACCCUCUGUGAAUGAGGAGAAAUAUGAGCUAAACUCGGGAAACACCAUAGCCGAUGAUUAUGUUGAUCCGCCUGUUUUCGACCAAGGUAGACGCCGCGCGUUCUGUCGUCAGUACGUGAUUAUCGUAAUAUGCCUCCUGUUGACCCUUGGAGGCCUCCUGCUUACCGUCGUGUCCGCUUCUUCAACCGUAUAUUCCACUUCAACUAUCAUGUCCUGGGAAUCGUUUGCUUCGUCUUCACCGGAGUCACCACACUCUUCUUCCCACCACCGCCACCAUGGCACAUCACCAAAUACAUACAACCUAUCAUCUCCGGUGAUGGAAGGAAUCAUGAAGUCGCCCUGUGGCCAUACCGCUACUGAAGCUAGAGCGCGAGGCUGCCACUUUGACAUCAUCACUUUUUGCUGGCUACCAGACCGCUGCUACGAUGCGGAACUAUCGGACUCCUUCGAGAAGUUGGUCGACUGGAAAUGGUACCUUGACCGGAACAAGACACAGCCAGUCCCUAAGGAAGAAGCCCUGCAGGGGGAAUUGGAUGGACUUAAUCCCGGAACCAUGCAGGGAUUCUUUGGACAGGCAGCAUCGCGGCGCGUCAUCGCCUUGGCGAGCCUUAUUUCUUAUUUCUACAACUUCCCCAGGAUCCCAUUGCAUAUCUUGGACAUCACUCUUCCCCGCAUAUCACUCGCAAUGGCCAACGAUUCUACUGUCUCGUGGGCAGAGGAUGCCUUCGGGCCUGCCAGUCACGUGCGUGGGUUUGACUUUACGUUGACCUUCGAGCAGGUUGUUCUGUCGAUUAUCCCGUCUAUAGUGUUGCUGCUGGCAGGACCAUCUAGACUGCUCUAUCUCACUCGUUGCCGUUCAAAAACUUGUCCCCAACAGAAAAAAUACCUCUGCAAGCUGGUCACCUCGUCCAUAAACCUGGUUCUACAACUCUCCUUAUUGGUGUUAUGGAGUGUGUCGCCAUCCUCGCGGACUUCAACGACUAUCCCAGCUGCCUCUCUAAGCCUCGCCAAUGCAAUUGUAAUCAUUGGGCUCUCCUAUAUCGAGGACCGCAAGUCAACGAAGCCCUCUUCCCUCCUGACCAUUUACUUACUACUCUCAAUACUAUUCGAUGCAGUACAGGUUCGUACAUUAUGGUUGACGCAUCGAAUUCCCAUGGCAGCGGUCCAGAGCGCCAUUACUGGGACAAAGCUCGCCAUGCUCCUAUUGGAGAUGCGAGAGAAGACCUCUUAUCUCCAGUCCCCCUACAGGGACUAUCCCCCGGAGGCAACCAGCGGCAUUGUAAAUCUCAGCUUUGUCUGGUGGAUAAAUCGACUUUUCAUGACUGGGUACCGAAAGCUCAUGGGGAAUCGAGACCUUUAUGAUCUUGAUCCCGGGCUUGCCUCUGGCCCUGCGGGCGAACGAGUGAAGAGAAUGUGGGAGAAACAAGGGAGCGCAAAAAGCAAGCUUACGCUACCUUGGGUCUUUGUCCGCUGUUUCUGGAUGGAGUUUCUUGCCGUGGUGUGGCCUCGAGUGUGCUUGAUUGGAUUCAGCUUCGCUCAGCCUUUUCUGAUCAUGGCAGCAGUUCAGCAUGUAGAGCGGCCGGUGACUACAGAGACCCGAGACCAUGGCUAUGGCCUCAUUGGGGCCACCGUCCUGGUUUAUCUGGGUAUCGCGUUCUCGAAUGUCCACUACAGACAGCGCUUCUCGCGGGUAUCCACGUUAUUCCGAGGCGCAAUGAUCGCGUUAAUUCAUGACCGGACAUUGAUACUCCAGGAUGGUCUCUACACAGAAAGUGCCGCACUCACGUUGAUGAGUACUGAUGUUGAUGGCAUCAUUGAACAUUUGGAGAACAUGAAUGACGUCUGGGCCCGCACGAUAGAAGUGACUAUCGGCAUAACCUUGCUGGGUAUCCAACUGGGUGCAACUUGCAUCGUUCCAUUACUCCUUACACUGGCAUGCCUAGUUGGCCAGAAGUUGGUGGCAAAUUCCAUUGGAAACGACCAACAGAGCUGGAACCUGGAGAUCCAGAAGAGGGUCAAGAAUACCUCAGCCGUCCUGGGUACCAUGAAGGCAAUCAAGGUCUCGGGGCUUUCGAAAGCGCUGGCCCAAAAUCUUCAAGAGCACCGUGAACGGGAGCUUUUUGUAUCUCGAGCAUUCUUCAAAGGAAUAAUGUGGCUCAACGGUCUAGCAACUUUGCCCCGAAUAUGGUCCCCCGUCAUCACCUUCACCGUCUAUGCGAUUCAAGCACGGAUUCAAGGUGACGACUCUCUAACUACCGUGAGAGCAUUUACCGCGCUGAGUAUCAUUACUCUUGUUACAACACCUGCUGAAAAGCUCCUCGCCGUUUUACCACAGCUAGCCGCAGCUAUGGGAUGCUUUCAGCGCAUUCACGAGUACAUAACAUCUGAUCCAGUCAAGGACGGUAGGUUAGGACGUACUGAAGUCUUAACGUUGAAUUCGGCGAUCUCUUCGGCCAACACAAAUGAAAAAGGAUUCACACCGCGAACUGACGAUGAAGAGCAAGGGAUUGUUAUCGGGUUGGACAACGUCACAGUGCUACCUUCACCAAAGGCAAUAUCUGUCGCCCUGAAGAAUGUGUCCUUCAAAGUAAGGCAGGGAAAUCUACUAGUAGUAACCGGUUCUGUCGGCUCAGGCAAGACAACCCUACUCAAGACUAUCUUAGGUGAACUUGACUGUCAGUCAGGGACUGUCUGUGUCGAAUCGAAGCGUAUCUCUUAUUGCAGCCAGAAUCCGUGGUUACUGAAUACAACAAUCAAGAAGAGCGUCACUGGCCUCGAAGAUCACAAAGUAGAUGAGAAGUGGUACCAAACCGUCAUACGUUCAUGCUGCUUAGAGGAGGACAUUCAUGGCUGGCCCGACGGAGAUCAGAGUGAAGUUGGAAGCAAAGGCCUUGCUUUAUCUGGUGGACAAAAGCAAAGAGUGGCAUUGGCUCGUGCGGUAUACAGUCGCCAGGACAUAGCUUUGCUAGACGACACCUUAUCCGCCUCGGACAUGCAGACCCAGGAGAUGAUCAUUGCACGGCUCCUUUCGAAUGAUGGGAUAUUUCGACAACUGGGAACAACAGUGAUCCUAACAACCCACAACCCCCGACUGCUUAAGGUGGCAGACAGCGUAAUAUCACUUAGCGCAGAUGGGCAGGUCGAGCGCCAGACAACGGGUAAGGAUGCUAUUCAAUACGCAGCCAUUAUUCGUGAAAAUGAAGACACGGAUGCUGGAGAGGCCGGCCUAAAUGAAAAGACCUGGGAUAAGGCAGCCAGUUCGUCAAACGGCGCUGCGAAUGAGGUGGAGGAUGAUGACCGAACCAGGCAAAUCGGUGACUUAUCGGUGUACUACUACUACGCACGAAUUGUUGGUCCAUUUCUCUGUACCAUGUUCCUCCUUGCGCAUGCCUUGCUAGCCUUCGCCGAAAACUUUCCGCGAGUAUGGCUAAGCAAGUGGACCGAAGCAGGCGGCAGCCAACUUCCACUGUACCUAUCUGUCUAUAUUGUUUUGGCCCUAGCAGCAUCGGUGCUCGUCUUGGGCUGCAUCUGGGUCAUUUUCCUUAACCUGAUGCCGAAGUCGGCCAUCCGUUUGCAUUGGCGCCUGCUGAACACCGUCAUUCGAGCACAUUUAUCCUUCUUCUCCACGACUGAUAGUGGAGUGACACUCAAUCGUUUCAGCCAGGACAUGACAUUGGUAGAUCUGGCGUUACCUAUAUCUCUAAUGUCUUUGGGACAGUCGUUUUUUGGAUGCAUCGCCACCGUGGGCUUGAUCGCAACGGGCUCAGCAUACAUGGCCAUCACGAUACCUGUGACAUUAGUGGUCCUGUAUAUCUUGCAGAAGAUAUACCUUAAGACCAGUAGACAGCUACGAUACCUCGAUCUGGAGUGCCGAAGUCCCUUGUACUCCCACUUCGUCGAGGUUCUCGAUGGACUUCCCACGAUCCGGGCGUUUGGUUGGCAGGUCGCAUCGACUGAGGUUCUGAUUCAGCAUUUGGAUCAGUCCCAAAAGCCAUACUACAUGCUUUCAUGCGCGCAGAGGUGGUUGAACCUGGUCCUGGAUAUUGUGGUGAUGGCAUUGGCGACCAUUGUGGUGACACUAGCCGUGGAGCUACAUGAGAGCACCAAUGCGGGCCUUCUCGGCGUUGCCUUGAACAAUAUUCUGGGAUUUAAUCAGCUACUAUCGUUCUUCAUCACGGCGUGGACUACCUUUGAAACCUCUCUCGGAGCAAUAGCCCGCGUCAAGUCCUUUGUAGAGACCACUCCGUCUGAGGUUCCUCCUGGUCAAAUUUCAGAACCACCAGUGUGCUGGCCUGAGCAGGGAGCAAUCCACAUCCAGGACCUCUCUCUUUCCUAUCCCAAUGGGACAUCAGCGUUGCAUGAUAUCUCGAUGUGCAUCACACCAGGGGAGAGAAUUGGUAUCUGUGGCCGUACAGGCAGCGGUAAAAGCUCUUUCAUACUCGCUUUACUUCGCCUUCUAAACCCAUCCCACGGCACGAUCACCAUCGACGGGAUUAACAUCGAAAGCCUCUCCCCACCAGCAAUCCGCGAGGCACUAAUAGCCGUUCCACAAGAUCCUUUCACGCUUCUAGGCUCCGUGCGGUACAACGCAGACAUCAUGGGCGUUUCCAACGACGAAGACAUCACAUCUGUAUUAAAGCAAGUAGCAUAUGGGAGGCCAUUGAAAGCCGAGGAGGUCUGGACGCAUCCUGGAGGGUCACCCGCUGUCUCAAGGAGAACAGCAGCCACCAGCAACCUUGAUAGCGAGACGGAUCGUCGCACCCAACAGAUAUUGAAGGAUGCCUUUGACGGCUGCACUGUUAUCAGUGUAGCUCACAGGCUGGACACAAUCAUCAAUUUCGACAGAAUCGCCGUCCUAGACGCGGGACGUCUGGUUGAGUUCGACACGCCACAGCGCCUUCUCGCCAGAGAUGGACUUUUCCGUCGGAUGGUCUCGGCAUUCGAGGAACAGGGGCUAGAUGAACUAUAA